GCCCGGGGUUAAACACUGAUAACUAUUUUAAAAACUAUUUUAUGUAUUUACAGCCGACAUACAGCCAAGAAUGAUAAAGGAUUCGUUAUGGACAUCGGACACAUCGGGUGACUUGGAUGCAAUUCUCUCGUUCUGUACGAGCGUUUUUUCAAACUCACCGCGAAUACCGGGAACCUCCACCCCCUCACGACAUAUUCCAGACCCCAACAACAAACGCACAACGGAGGCCCAAGUACAUUGGUCCGAAUCCAACCCGCCCGAAAAGUACUGCUGGGCCGGGAACUUGCGGCUUCACGAGCAGGCGCUCCAAGGACACCACUGCCAGGAGACAGGCCCUGCAGAAUCGGGAACGCUAGAUGAAAAAAGCCCAGAGCCCUCCGUAUCCGCAAUUCGUCAGAAUAGCCAGCGCCAAAAAAGCUGAGACUCCGCCCCGGCGAAAAACGGAACAGACGGACACACAUCUAGAGCUGGGGGAUUCCGGCACACCGAACAUUCCCGAUGAAGCAACCGAUAGACCUGUUUUUAAUGACAUUUCAGAUGUUGACGACCAGCUAUUCUGUGAUGCGGCCAACCUUAUCGACCCCGUCAAUUCUACGGCAUCAGUACCUGCAGUAGAACAAGAAAGGUUUUUCACAUUAUUUUCCAGGGCUUUGAAAUCGAGGAAUGUUUUGCUAUACAAACGACUGGGGGUUUUAAUUGAGAGACAGUACAGAGACAAUAUGUUAUUCUGGCAUAGAACAAUCCCACGCAUGUUAAACAGCAAACCCAUUAAAAACCGCAAAUGCAGACGCUAAAAUCAUACAUGUAACACCAAUCAUUCCAGAAAGACCCCAAAACGCACAUCCUUAAUUAUCCAAAUUGCAGAACUACAGCAACAAGGGGAGACAGUUGAAACCCUCUUAGCACAGAUACCGCCAGAACUCCUAGAAGUUAUUAAACGUAUGAACGAGUCAGGGACGCCCGAUGAAAACAUGUUAUCCCCGAUUCCCAAAGCCCUCAUAACCUUAAUUAAUCGGAUGAACGAGAGUCAGACAUUUUCGGCCCCUGCCACCCCAACAGCGAUAGACCAACCAGUAACGCCCAGGUCCGUAGAGUCUGAAACGCCACAAGAUGUUUUUGGGGAAUUGGAAAAUUGUCUAAUAAAUCUGGUGGGAGAUGGUCUUGAUAGAUGGUCUUGAUGGUCUUGAUAGUGUCCGGGUUGUGUACCGGAAUAUAUUCAACAAUACAGAGAUUCGACAGUUUUUCAAUUUCCUAUGGGUGAAUCAGAAUCUUGACUAUGCGGUAUUUUACAUGAUGAUAAUGGACACUCUACACGAUCUGUUAGAGACGGCAAGAGAUUAUGGCGAACCACGUGAUGUCUUACAGUUGGAAAUUUGUAGAGAUAGCCUGCAUAACACAGUAUCUCUUAUUUUACCCAAUGGCGAAGCAGAUCUUGAACAAUUUACCGCGCUGCUAGACCGCCUUGUUCAGUCAAAUUUAGCCAUCACAGCCGAUAGGACCCUCGAGCUUGUAGUGCAAAUAAUACGUCAACUCCAGGGUGGUGGUGGGCAGAGAAGGAAGCUUGAUAGCCUAAUGCAGUCAGAAAUCAUAAGCAAUAAAAGGGCCUACCUCAUAAACGUUCACAAUCCUGAUAAUAAGCUAUGUUUUGCAAUAGGCCUAGCGCAUUUACUUAACCCUGGAUGUACUGAUCUGACGGCAUUGCAAAAGGCUAGAGAGAUCCAAACGGCGGUGGGUCUCGGUAUACAGGAUGGGGUGGCUUUCUCGGACAUAGUAAAAUUUGAAAACUUUCUGAAUAUCAAGAUUGUGGUUUUGUACCACAGUAGAGCUAAUGCAGCUCUCUUGAAGUUCCAAAACACCCCCCAACCGCACCCUCAGAUUCUGUACUUUUAUGUGCAAAACGAACAUUACUACGCCGUUACCAACAUCACGGCAUUUUUAGGCGCACCAUAUGUGUGUCCAUCCUGCCAUACCGGCUACACCCGAAAGGGGGGACACUCGUGCCGUUAUAACUGUUCCGUAUGUCAGGAUGCAGAGUGCCCAAUGCAACCCUUAAACUUAACACCCUGUGUGGAUUGCCACCGCACAUGUCGUUCGACCUACUGUUACGAUAAACACAAAAUUGAAACAUGGCACCCUAAGGCAUGUAAAUCUGUAAGCAUUUGUGCCAUUAACAAGAAAUGCCCAAAAUGUCAUUGCAAUUACAACCUUAAAAUAGAUAGCCCUAAACUGCAUGUGUGUGGAAUCAUACAUUGUCCAAUAUGUAAAGGGCCUUUGAAAAGCAGAGAUGCUGAAGUGGUUCAAGAAGUGCCACACCAGUGUUAUAUUCAGCCCUUGGCUGAAGAUGAACAUUCAGAGAAAUAUGUGUUCUAUGAUUUUGAGACAAAUCAGCAAUCGGGGGAUCAUUUGCCUAUUUUUGUAUCUACCACGACAUUCAAGGGGGAAAAGUGGUCUGCAGAAGGAUCCAAUUGUGCACUACUCUUUCUAAAACAUUUUAGAAAGCCACAGUACCGAAACGUCACGUUUAUAGCCCACAAUGCUAGAGCCUACGAUUCUUACCUGCUUCUGAAUCCAUUGAUACAGCAAGGCGUGGCACCCAGGGUCAUAGCUCAAGGUAGUAAAAUCUUGUGUUUUGUAGACCCAGCCUUCAACCAGAGAUACAUUGACAGUUUAAGCUUCUUACCCAUGCGCUUGGCUCAAAUGCCAGAGGCCUUGGGUUUUGAAAACUCUGUGAAAGGCUGGUUCCCCCACUUCUUCACAUCUGAUGAGAAUCUACAUUAUGUCGGAUCAUAUCCCAGCCCUGAAAUGUACGGGUGUGAUCAAAUGUCUCCCAAAGAGCGUGAGAGAUUCAUGACGUGGUACGAGACAGUAAGACAUGGCACCUUUGAUUUCCAUAAAGAGAUGGAAUCAUACUGUGACAAUGAUGUGGUUAUACUUCGUGAAGGAUGCCUCAGAUUCAGAGAAGAGGUAAUCAAAGAUGCAGGCAUUGACCCCUGGAGUUGUACAACUAUUGCAUCGGCAUGCAUGAAAACCUACAGUACACACUAUCUGCCUACAGCCUCUAUAGCUAUCCCCUCGCCUGACAACUACCGACGCCAAUUCAAGUCAUACUCUAGUGGGUCCAUUCAAUGGUUAGAGUAUAUGGCCCAGGAUAAAGACAUUUUUAUUCAACAUGCUUUGAAUCGAGGGGAGAAGGCAUUUGGCUCUUACCAUGUAGAUGGCUACACCCAGAUUGACGGGGUUGAGACCGUGUAUGAGUACAACGGUUGUUUCUUCCAUGCUUUCAAAUCUUGCUUUGUGCCCCAGACCAUGUAUGUCCUAACCCAAAAUACUUUUGGGGAAAUGUACCAAGAGUUUCAAGACAAAAGGGAUUCUUUACAGGCUACUUACGGUCUAAAAGUGGUUGUUUUGUGGGAGCACGAAUGGACCGCCCUCAAAAAGUCUGAUCCUCAUGUUCAAGCCUUCCUUUCCAGCUAUGACACCCCAGAACCCCUGGAACCCCGACAGGCCUUGUAUGGCGGCCGUACCAAUGCUUUGACAUUGCGGUAUGUAGCGCAACCCGACGAGACAAUAGGCUAUGUAGAUUUUACAUCCCUUUAUCCUCAUGUAAUGAGUUCCUCAUGCUAUCCUAUAGGGCAUCUGGAAAUUAUUCAUCGUGAUUUUGACUUACCUCAAAACUAUUUUGGUCUGAUCAAAGCAACAGUCUACCCUCCUAGGGGUUUGUUUAUACCAGUGUUGCCUUACAGGGGCCCUCAAGGAAAACUUUUCUUUCCCCUUUGUCGCACCUGCAGUGAAAACAAACAACAAAACCCAUGUGAUCACUCCGAUCAAGAAAGGGCCCUGUCAACCUCUGACCACUUUGAAGUAUGGAACUUUUCCAAGAAAUCAGACACUCUUUUUAAAGAGUACAUCUAUACCUUCUUGAGAUGUAAGCAAAUGGCUUCAGGCUAUCCUGCAUCGGUCACAGAUCAAGAGAGCAAAGACAGGUACAUUCAAGACUAUCACGACAGAGAAGGCAUCCUUCUUGACCCUGACAGAAUAGAGGUCAACAAAACCAAACUAAAUGUGUCGAAAUUGUACUUAAAUUCGCUUUGGGGCAAAUUAGCGCAGGGGUGUAAUAUGCUAACAACGUCGAUUAUUAAAGACCUGGAAGAAUUUUUGGAAUUUGUUUUUUCGGACCAAUACGAAAUUUCCCAUUUUUCAUUCUUGAGUCAAGACAUUGCCUUGGUGCAAUGGCGACGUAACAAGAAGUGGGUUCAACCCCCGGGUAAUGUAAAUGUGUUUCUUGCAGCAUUUACCACGGCCUAUGGCCGACUUGAACUGUACAAGCUCAUGGAGCAGCUUCAGAGGCGGGUUCUUUACCACGACACAGACUCUGUGGUCUAUGUAAGCAAACCGGGGGAUUGGAGCCCCCCACUCAGCAACUAUCUGGGUGGCUUAACGAGUGAACUCGCAGAUGGUGACCAUAUCACAGAAUGGUCCUCCUGUGGUCCCCAAAGCUAUGCUUUUAGGACUCAAAAGAAUCACGUGGUGUUGAAAGCCAAAGGCGUGACUCAAAACUAUGAAAAUGCCCAGCGUGUAAACUUGGAAUCAUUCACACGCUUGGUCGAGGGGUUCCUAAAUGACAGGAAUAGUGACUUGGAGAUUUUGAGCUCCAACAAAAAGAUUGUUAGGGAUAAAAAGGGCUUCCAUCUGAGGAAUGCCCCACUCACUAAAAGAUUCAGGGUUGUCUAUGACAAGAGACUGCUUUUGCCUGACGGGACCACAUUGCCCUAUGGCUUCUGACUUAUGCUACAUGCAGCAGUGUGUCAGGCGUGACUCAAAACUAUGAAAAUGCCCCGCGUGUAAAACUUGGAAUCAAUCACACGCUUGGUCGAGGGGUUCCUAAAUGACAGGAAUAGUGACUUGGAGAUUUUGAGCUCCUACAAAAAGAUUGUUAGGUAUAAAAAAGGGCUUCCAUCUGAGGAAGGCCCCACUUACUAAAAGAUUCAGGGUUGUCUAUGACAAGAGACUGCUUUUGCCUGACUGGACCAGAUUGUCCCUUUGGCUACUGACUUAUGCUACAAGCUACAGGGUGUCUUAAAGCUUAAGAUAUAAUGACUGCUGUAGAAGGUUUUGACCCCCGGUUGCAACUACCAUUUUCGGCCUUAAUCGCAGGGCCUUCGAAUAGUGGUAAAACUUGUUUUGUAAAAAGUAUUUUAGAGAAUUCUGAACAUGUGUUAUCUCAAAAGCCUGAUAAUGUUGUGUGGUGUUAUUCUUGUUAUCAACCUCUGUAUGAUGAAUUGUUGAAGACAAUAAAAAUCAAGUUUGUUGAAGGAA